AUGGCAGUAACUGCAGAAUCACUACAGAGUGGAUUCGCAUCCAACCAGCCUUUUGAUACAGACAAGGUCGGCUCAUUCAUUACUGACCGCCUUUCAAAGUUUGAAAAUGUUAUUUUACAAAAUUCGAAAAGAUAUGUCGAACUCUUAAACGCAUGGUCCCAGCAAAUAAAUUCAAUUGACUCAGAAAUCAACGAAAUAUCGGGCUCUUUUGCUAAAAUCAAGUCGGAUGCAGGUAUGAGAGUCAUGGGACCCUAUUUAACAACCGGAUCAAAGCCUGAUCAGAAGGCAAGUGAAUCAGAUAUCAUUGAUGAUUCGAUUAUUGAUUUUCCGAACUACCCAGUUGAAAUCAAUAUGUCAGCACUUGAUCAAGUUGGACAUAACUACAACGAUGUUAUUAGCGGACAGCAACUUCCAGCUUUAAUCACUGUAAUUCCACCAGGACAACCAAUGCCACGCUUCUGGAACUGCUCACAAGAUUAUUUCAGCCCAGAAACCUCCACAGCAGCUCGUGCAUCCGACGAUCAAUUCGAAACUUCAUUCUCACUCUACUUCAACUUCAAUCCAAUUCCUCUUGCAGUUCUUGAGAUGCGCAAAGCAGGAAAAUAA